GCCACCAAUACAAACACAAAGUAAGGUUAGAUAAAACGUCAGUCGAUCAGUGAUUUCGUGUCGGGGAGUAUCUGCGGAGCGCGUCUUCAGUCGUCUGCGGACGUGUCAGUGUGCUGUGUUCGUCUGAGAGACAACGCUCGGUGAUUCGGGAUGACGAUCAAGAACGUUUGCUGUUUGGGGGCCGGUUACGUUGGGGGGCCGACGUGCAGCGUCAUCGCCUACAAGUGUCCCCACAUCAAAGUCACCGUUGCCGAUUUGAGUGUGGAGAGGAUUGCCCAGUGGAACUCGGACAAGUUGCCCAUUUACGAGCCUGGCUUGGACGAAAUCGUAAAACUGUGCAGGGGAAAAAACCUCUUCUUCAGCAAUGACGUCAAGAAAGCCAUCCUGGAAGCAGAACUAAUAUUUAUAUCUGUUAACACACCAACAAAAAACAUUGGCAAUGGAAAGGGAAGAGCCGCCGAUUUAACGUACGUAGAAGGUGCGGCAAGGAUGAUCGCCGAGAUAGCACAAAGCGACAAAAUCGUCGUGGAAAAGAGCACGGUGCCCGUACGUGCGGCCGACAGCAUAUUAAAAAUCCUCAGGGCCAAUCAAACGGCCGGAAUCACCUAUCAGAUUCUUUCCAAUCCCGAGUUUCUAGCCGAAGGCACAGCCAUCAAUGACCUGCUGAACGCCGACAGAGUGUUAAUCGGAGGUGAAGAAACUCCAGAAGGCCAGGCUGCCAUCGAAGAGCUGUGCGGGAUUUACGAGAACUGGAUACCGAGGUCAAAAAUCCUCACCACCAACACUUGGUCCUCGGAAUUGUCUAAACUUGCCGCCAAUGCCAUGCUGGCCCAAAGAAUAUCCAGCAUAAAUUCACUGUCAGCGGUGUGUGAAACGACUGGAGCUGACAUUUCGGAAGUGGCACGUGCAAUCGGUUAUGAUACGAGGAUAGGAUCCAAAUUUUUGCAGGCGUCUAUAGGUUUUGGUGGAAGCUGCUUCCAGAAGGACAUCCUCAACUUGGUGUACAUCUGCGAGUGCCUGAACCUCCCGGAGGUCGCCAAGUACUGGCAACAAGUAAUCGACAUGAACGAAUACCAGAAGUCACGGUUCACCCAAAAGGUAAUAGAGUCCCUCUUCAACACAGUCAGCGGCAAGAAAAUCUGCAUACUGGGCUUUGCCUUUAAAAAAAACACCGGCGACACCCGCGAAAGUCCCGCCAUUCACGUCGCCAAAACCCUGCUGGACGAAGGUGCUUCCAUAAACAUUUACGAUCCGAAGGUGGACGAGGCUCAGAUUUUCGACGACCUGACCCACCCGUCCGUCUGUGAAUCCCCCGAAAGGGUGCGCCAGUUCACGCACGUGUUCCAGGACGCGUACACCGCCACAAGCGGCUGUCACGCUAUCGUGGUCUGCACGGAAUGGGACGAGUUCAUUACGUUGGACUUCAACAAGAUUUACGACGGAAUGAUGAAGCCCAGCUACGUCUUCGACGGCAGGAAGAUCUUGGACCAUCAGAGUUUGAUUGAAAUCGGCUUCCACGUGCAGACUAUCGGCAAAAGAUUGGAGAGACAGCCGAUAACUAGGUGUUGGAGCGCCAGAACAAACUUGUGAAAUUUUAUCUGUAUUUUAUUGUAUCCGUACUUAAACGACUUUUUAUCUACGCAUUUUAUCCUUUUUAGCCAGUAUUUUAUUGUAUUUUUUAAGUAUUUUUAAAUAUAUAUAUAUA